AUGCUCUUCUAUAUUGUAAUACCUGUGGUCUUGGGACUGGUCUUGGCAAUCCCUUCUAACACUUGUAUUGUGAUGGGUAAUCUGGACAUCAUCAGAAAGAAAGGGAAGUUGAGUCCCUCCGAUGUGAUCUUUCUGGGGAAGGGAAUUGUGAAUAUUCUCCUCCAGUGUUUGUUUGCUCUCAAAGGAAUGUUCUUUCACUUGCCUUCUGCAGUCUUAUCAUACACACAUGUAUACUUAUUUGUUAUCAAAUUAACUUACUUCCUAACGUAUUACAACUUCUGGUUGACCUUCUGGCUCUCGGCUCAUUACUGUACCAGCAUCACCAAUCCCAGCUAUGGGUUCUUCAUCUGGAUAAAGAGAAUUGUGUCCAAUUUCCUGAGUCACCUUCUAUUCCUGACAGCACUUGGGGUGUUCAUUGUGAAUGUUCUGACUAUCGGGGCUUUCAAUGGAGGAAGUCCUAUCCAGUCACCUGAGAACAGUACAGAAAUCUCUAUCUCUGUUGCCAUGACCAAUUGCCAUGUUAAUUAUUACUAUCUUGUGCCUGCAAAUUUCCUAGGCGUCGUUCUUCCAUUCUGCCUUAGUCUUCUGUGCCUGGUCCUCACUUUCUCCUUUCUGCUCAGACACGUCUGGAGGGUGAAGAAUAACGACUCGGGAUCAACACGUCCAAAUCUUCAGGCUCAUGUCACGGCACUGAGGACAAUCUUCUUCUUACUUCUCAUGCUCGUUUCCUUCUCUGUGAGUGAGGUGCUUUCAUUUCUCAGAAAAUGCUCAGAGAUCACAAACCAGAUAAGCAUGGUGAGCUGGGCUUUCCGAUUAGUGUCUCCAUCGGCCGAGGCUGUCAUCAUCUUCCAGGCCAGCAACAAGCUAAAAAGGAUCAUUCUGAGAAGAUUCUGGACCAGAAGCUCUUUAACCCCAUAA